UGGAGAAGUUAUAAAAGGAAUGUCGAGGGGAUGCGCAGGGAUUUUUCCACAGGGAACGGAUCCUCCCCAUAGGAGGUUCCCCUUGUAGGAGAUUCCCAGUAGCAGCUCCAGCUCAUGAUCUUCAUAGUCUAAUUUAAAAGUAUUUAUUUUGUAUUUUGAAUAAUUGCAUUUUUGAAUAGUUAGCUAAAGGUUGUGACAUGUGCCCAAAUAUUAGUGGAUUUGUUUAUAGGUUCUCAUCACCACAGUGCGACCUUAAUAGUGGAAAACCCCGUUACGCCGAAUCGACGUAUGCCAUGGAAAUCAAUAGAGUGUAGGGGUGAAAAUAAACAUGGCAGACACGGAGUUCGAAGAAUUUAGGCAUAGUUUCGAAAAAAUAACAUCGCACACCAAAACCACAGCUCCAUUCUACUCCCUAGUUCACGAUGUCGUCAUCGACGAAGACUCACCGACGUCUUCCAAGAGUGACCUAGACAAUUACUGUGAUAUCGCCGAAAAUGGAUUGGACAACAACAGCGGCCCACCAUCUUUCGGCAGCAAAAAAGAUGGAGGCGCCAUCUCGGUAGGCGCUUCCGCUUCGAUACCUUGGUCGGGAGAAAGACGAAGAAGAAAACUACCUGAAAUCCCAAAAAAUAAAAAAUCAUCAGUAGUUACAAUGUACAACGCUCAGCUAAACAGAGACAUGUCACUAGCGGAUGAAUUAGGUGGUACUAACAGUGGACCAAGCUCAAUACUAGUAUUAAAAUGUGGGUAUCUAUGGGAUGAUUCGCCAGAAUCUGACAGGCUUCUAACUGACGCCGAUAGCGGUCACAGUACUGCCCAUUCACCUACCGGGACCGACGGUCCCAAAUCCAUGUCCCCCAUAUUGGGGGUUUCUCCCUCGGUCAUCGGCGGCGUCGUUUAUAAUGACGUAGAUAUGCUCGAGGCGACACACAGGGCCCUUCACAAAUUCAUUCCUAGGCACGAGGACGAAAUAGAAAUCGAAAUAGGCGAUCCGAUAUAUGUACAGAAAGAAGCCGAUGAUCUUUGGUGCGAAGGUGUCAACCUUAGGUCAGGAAGAAUGGGGAUUUUUCCAUCUGCGUAUGCUGUUGACUGUGAUUAUAGUGAUUGGGACUCCUCUUGUGAACAUGGUCGCAGGGAGCGGUAUCUUUUAGGUUAUAUCGGAUCGGUGGAGACUCUAGCACACAAGGGCACGUCGGUCGUGUGCCAGGCGGUUAGGAGGGUGAUUGGAAAUUCAGGAAAUGAACCGGAACUGCACCCCUGCACUUUAGAAGUUUCCGAUCAAGGUCUUCGAAUGGUAGAUAGGAGAAAAAGAAAUCAAAACGAUCCGUGUAUAGACUACUUUUAUUCGUUAAAAAACGUUUCGUUUUGUGCAUUUCAUCCCCGAGAUCAUCGCUAUUUAGGUUUUAUCACAAAGCACCCGACGUUACAGAGGUUUGCUUGCCACGUCUUUAGAGGCCAAGAUUCGACUAGACCUGUUGCCGAAGCUGUUGGUCGUGCCUUUCAAAGGUUCUACCAGAAGUUUAUCGAGACUGCUUAUCCAGUUGAAGAUAUUUACAUUGAAUAAACAUUAGUGCAAUAAAUAAAAUAAUCUAUAAUAAUGUAAAAAUAUAAUGCCUGUCAUCAAUAAAGAAAAAAUAUCUACUUUUAUUCAUCAUUGUUUUGUCUUUUACUUUUACACUUUAAAGUAGAUUGUUAUCGUAAAUUAAGCUGUUGACCGCGGCUUCCCACGCGUGGAAUUGUGUUUUUAAUAUAAAAAAUCUGAUGUGUCCA